AUGUCUGCUACACCUGCGAGGAAAGUUGCCAUUGUCACAGGAGCCGCUCAAGGAAUUGGCAGGGGCAUCGCAGUCCGUCUGGCCUCGGACGGCUUCGACCUUGCUAUCAACGAUAUUGCAGCGAACGCCGACAAGCUGAACGAUGUGCUGAGAGACCUGACCGCUCACCGCAUACAGCAGGAGCAACGAGUCGUUAUUGUCGUCGCAGAUGUCAGCAACGAGAAGGAGGGCGGGCUUGACGCGAUGGUAGCCAAUGCGGGUGUCGCCGUGAAUAAACCUAUCCUCGAUACGUCCGCCGAUGAAUGGGACCGCCUAAUGAGCAUCAACGCGAAGGGGACCUUCCUCUGCUACAAGUACGCUGCCGAGCAGAUGAUAAAGCAAGGGAGAGGCGGGAGGAUUGUAGGCGCGUGCUCCAUCGUCGGAAAGAAAGGCACGCCCGAAGCAGCGGCGUACUCCGCGUCCAAAUUCGCCGUCCGCGGGCUCACCCAGAGCGCAGCUCAGGAAUGGGGAAAACACGGCAUCACCGUGAACGCGUACGCCCCGGGACCCAUAGACACCGAUUUCCUCGCAAAGUUCGACGAGUACCACACCUCCAAAUCCGGCGCUCCCAAGGGCUCCUGGCGCGAAGCGCAAAAGGCCACCACCGCGACGGGAACCCUGGGCACGCCACAGGACGUCGCGGGCCUGGUAUCCUACCUCGUCUCGGACGCUGCCAGGUUCAUUACCGGGCAGAGUAUUAUUAUUGAUGGUGGGGCGGUGUUUGAUUAA